GAGGGGAGUGCUUGACUUUGCAACGAUUUGGUGUUCCUGAAUGUUUUUAUGCACUCAGUUUAAAGCAAAAUUUAGCAUCCAUCUCAUAGUUCUUACUCUGCUAUCUCUACAAGCCAUUCAGCAUGUCUCUUUUCCUCAUCCUUUUUGGAUUUCUCUUGUCACUACACUUCCCCAUUUGUUGUGCUGCCAUAGACACCAUUACAUCCAGGCAAGCACUUGUCGGCAAUGAGAGGUUAGUCUCCAGCAACGGCAAGUUCGCUCUCGGCUUCUUCCAGACAGGCAGUAAGUCCUCCCACAACACCUUGAACUGGUACCUAGGCAUAUGGUACAACAAUGUCCCCAAGCUAACUCCGGUAUGGAUCGCAGACGGUCAUAACCCAGUCACAGACCCCACCUCAUUGGAGCUGACAAUAUCAGAUGACGGAAACCUUGUCAUCAUAAACAAGGUCACCAUAUCCAUCAUCUGGUCGACCCAAAUGAAUACCACAAGCAACAAUACCAUUGCUAUGCUAUUGAAUAGUGGGAACCUCAUCCUACAGAAUUCCUCAAACUCGUCCAAUUUGUUGUGGCAGAGCUUUGACUACCCCACAGAUACCUUCCUCCCUGGUAUAAAACUUGGUUGGAACAAGGUCACUGGUCUGAAUCGUCGUCUGAUUUCUAGGAAGAAUGUGAUCGACCUAGCUCCUGGCAGAUACACUGCACAAUUAGACCCAAGUGGUGCCAAUCAGUACUUCCUUACACUGCUGAACUCAUCCAUACCAUAUUGGUCGAGUGGGAUAUGGAAUGGCCAAUACUUUCCGUCAAUACCAGAGAUGGCAGGCCCCUUUAUUUUAAAUUUUACAUUUGUCAACAAUGACCAAGAGAAGUACUUUACAUAUAACUUACUAGAUGAGACAAUCGUGUUCCAUCAUGUGUUGGAUGUCUCAGGUCGAACAAAGUCAUUUGUUUGGUUGGAGAGCUCACAGGAUUGGGUGAUGACCUACGCCCAACCCAGAGUUCAGUGUGAUGUCUUUGCUGUUUGUGGACCAUUCACUAUUUGUAAUGAUAAUGCACUUCCUUUCUGCAACUGUAUGAAGGGAUUCUCUAUCAGAUCGCCCGAUGAGUGGGAGCUAGAAGAUCGAACAGGCGGAUGUGUGAGAAAUACUCCAUUAGACUGCAGUAUCAACCAAAGCACAAGUAUGCAAGACAGUUUCUACCCUAUGACAUGUGUUGGAUUGCCCAAUAACGGCCACAAUAGAGGAGAUGCUACAAGUGCAGAUAAAUGUGCAGAAGUUUGUCUGGGAAACUGCACUUGCACUGCAUACUCCUAUGGUAACAAUGGAUGUUUUCUUUGGCAUGGCGAAAUAAUUAAUGUGAAACAGCAACAAUGUGGUGAUAGUGCUAAUACUAACACCCUUUACCUUCGCCUUGCCGAUGAAGUGGUGCAAAGGCUACAAAGCAACACACACCGAAUAAUCAUCGGCACUGUCAUUGGUGCAAGUGUUGCUUUGUUCGGUUUAUUGUCACUCUUCUUGCUAUUGAUGAUUAAGAGGAACAAGAGGUUGUCUGCUAAUAGAACGGAAAACAUUAAAGGUGGUGAGGGCAUUAUUGCGUUUAGAUACGCUGAUUUGCAACAUGCAACAAAAAACUUCUCUGAGAAGCUAGGGGCAGGUGGUUUUGGUUCUGUAUUCAAGGGAUUUUUGAAUGACUCUUGUGCCGUAGCAGUUAAAAGGCUUGAUGGUGCUAACCAAGGAGAGAAGCAAUUCAGAGCUGAAGUAAGAUCAAUCGGAAUCAUUCAGCAUAUCAAUCUAGUAAAACUAUAUGGCUUUUGCACUGAGGGUGAUAGUAGGUUGCUUGUCUACGAACAUGUGCAAAAUUGUUCUCUUGAUGCUCAUUUAUUUCAUAGUAAUGCUUCAGUUUUGAAAUGGAGCAUUAGGCAUCAGAUAGCUCUCGGAGUUGCUAGAGGACUGGCAUACUUGCAUGACAGUUGCCGGGAUUGCAUCAUACAUUGUGAUAUUAAGCCAGAGAACAUACUUCUUGAUGCGUCAUUUGUUCCAAAAAUCGCAGAUUUUGGGAUGGCAAAGUUCCUCGGAAGGGAUUUUAGUCAAGUUCUCACUACAAUGAGAGGAACAAUAGGAUAUCUUGCACCUGAAUGGAUUAGCGGAACUGUUAUUACAGCAAAAGUUGAUGUCUACAGCUACAGCAUGCUUUUAUUGGAAAUUUUAUCAGGAAAGAGGAACUCAGGUACACAAUGUACGAGUGGUGAUGAUUAUGUCUAUUUCCCUGUGCAAGUUGCAAAUAAGCUACUGGAAGGAGACGUGGAGACUUUGGUGGACAACAAUCUACAUGGUGAUGUCCAUUUGGAGCAGGUGGAAAGAGCUUUCAAGGUUGCAUGUUGGUGUAUCCAAGAUGAUGAGUUUGAUCGACCCACAAUGGGUGAAGUUGUUCAAUAUCUUGAAGGUUUUCGUGAAGUCGAAAUACCCCCAAUGCCAAGACUACUUCAAGCUAUUGCAGGGAAUCCACAUUCAACAUCUUAUGGGUAUCUGAACCGAGCUUCGCAAGAGGCAGAGAAACUGCAACAUGACGGAGACUGUGCAGACUUCAGAGCACCAGGCGGCUCACUCUUGACAUGAAGACAGGUUGCUGCAAUCAUGCAGAGCUUCCCUUCAGUGAUUGUCUAAGUCCUGGAUACCCGGGCCAACUGAGUAUUCGGUCCCCUAAGUAUUUCUCAAACUGUAUGAAGUGAGAUGAUGUAAACUGUGUUGUUCAGCAUAUAUUGUUGUAUACAAAGAAAUCAUUUGGGCACUCAUCCAAGGUUGCUGACACUCUUUGGAAUGCACAGAUGUUUACUUUGCAAAUUAAAGUUA